ACUGCUGAGCUAGCAGCUAUACACUAUUCACUCGAGCAAAUCGCAUCCCUACCUCCUGACCACUUUUUCAUCUUCACCGACAGUCUAAGUUCCUUGGAGGCUGUUCGGUCAAUGAAACCGGUUAAGCACUCAGCGUAUCUUCUGAAUGGGAUACGGACAGCUUUGAGUGCCUUAUCACAACGGUCUUACACAAUCACCAUGGCUUGGGUCCCUUCUCAUUGCUCGAUCCCGGGAAAUGAGAAAGCGGACUCUUUGGCUAAGGUGGGCGCUAUGGAAGGUGAUAUUUACGAUCGGAAAAUCACCUUCGAUGAAUUUUUCACAUUAGUUCGUCAGGAAACCUUGAACAGCUGGCAACAGAAAUGGACAAAUGGGGAGUUGGGUAGAUGGCUGUAUUCAAUUCGCCCGCAGGUGUCGAAGCGUCCAUGGUUCAAAAAAUUGAAUAUGGGACGAGACUUCAUUCGAACCAUGUGUCGUCUAAUGUCCAAUCACUACACUCUAAAUGCACAUCUUUUCAGAGUGGGGCUCUCGGAAGGAAAUCUCUGUGUUUGCGGCGAGGAUUAUCAGGACAUCGAUCAUGUCGUGUGGGCGUGCAAGGAGCAUCGUGGCCCCAGAUCUGCGCUAACUGAACAUCUCCGGGUCCGAGGAAAACAACCAAAGCCUAUUAGGGAAGUGUUGUCGGGCCUUGAUCUCGAGUACAUGUCCCUGGUCCACCAAUUUUUGAAAGUUGCUGAUGUAAAACUGUAAUCAUUGUCUGCCCAUUCCCUUGUCUGUCGUACCCCAUAUCGAAUGUCUUCCUCUUGUUGUACAUUUCCAUGUCUGUUGUUAAUCCUUCCGUAUGUCUUCCUCUCGUCGUUGUCUCCCAAAAAAGUUUGUUUGUCCCGUUACAGAUGUAAAAAUGCGAGGAAUGUCAACUUUGUGAACAUCAGCAUAGUAAUUACUUAAGCACCCUAAAAUCCUUUCCUUUCCUACUGUAUUAUUGUAUUCCCUAACCUCGACUAAACCGCGAGUCUUUCGGUUCCCCAAAACUAACACUAUGUAUAAGAAUCAAGAAAUGUAUUGUUAAACUUGAUUUCGGCUCCGUAACGCUUCACGGCAAAUGAGCCUUCCAA